AGAAAUCUUAUCCACAAAGGCACAAACCUCAUCCAAAAUCCAAAUGUCUUCAUCCCCACUCCUCCACCUCUCGUUCCAAUUCCAAAAAUGCCGUCCAUCCUACAUACAACCAAAAUCUCAUCUUCCCACAGAGCUUUUCUGCAAGCUAACUCGGGAGUGUAAUUAAUCAUGUCAUGCUCCCACCCCGCAAUGCUUCUGUCGUCCACCCACCCCUCUCCUUCCUCUUCCCUCUCUUUCGCCUCCUCUCUCAACCCUAACCACCUCCCUGCCCAUAACUCUUCUCCACUCCCCUGCCCCACACCGAGACCGUCGAUUCGAUGCGACCUCCGCCAGCUCCGAGAUCGCAUCGUUUCAGUGAAGAACACGGGGAAGAUCACGGAGGCGAUGAAGCUGGUGGCCGCCGCCAAAGUGAGGAGAGCCCAAGAAGCUGUGGUCAACGGCCGGCCGUUCUCUGAGACCCUCGUCGAGGUUCUCUAUAACAUUAACGAACAGCUCCAGCAGUCCGAUGCCGUGAGUGAGAUCCCUCUCACUCGUGUUAGGCCGGUAAAAAAGGUUGCUCUAGUGGUUAUCACCGGGGACCGUGGACUCUGCGGCGGAUUCAACAAUAGCCUCAUCAGAAAAGCUGAGACCAGGAUUUCUGACAUAAAGAGCCUUGGGAUUGAUUACACUGUGAUAAGUGUGGGUAAAAAGGGAAACUCCUACUUCAGCCGUAGACCCCACAUUCCUGUGGAUAGGUUUCUCGACGGCUCUUCUCUCCCCACCUCUAAAGAUGCCCAGGCGAUAGCUGACGACGUCUACUCGCUCUUCAUCAGUGAAGAGGUGGACAAGGUUGAGCUUCUGUACACAAAGUUCGUAUCUCUGGUGAAAUCAGAGCCGGUGAUUCAAACGUUGCUCCCCAUUUCUCCUAUAGGGGAGGUCUGCGAUAUCAACGGGAAGUGCGUGGAUGCAGCAGAGGAUGAGUUCUUCAGGCUGACGACGAGAGAGGGGAAACUGACAGUGGAGAGAGACGUGAGGAGGCGAGAGACACCGGAGUUCUCGCCAAUCAUGGCGUUCGAGCAGGACCCGAUUCAGAUACUGGAUGCGUUGUUGCCUCUGUAUCUGAACAGUCAGAUUCUGAGAGCGCUGCAGGAAUCAAUGGCCAGUGAGUUGGCUGCCAGGAUGAGUGCGAUGAGCAGUGCGACUGACAAUGCUAAUGAUUUGAAGAAGACACUGUCUAUAUCGUAUAACCGAGAGCGUCAGGCGAAGAUUACCGGUGAAAUCUUGGAGAUUGUUGCUGGUGCUAAUGCCUCUGUAUAAUACUCGUAUAUCAUUCUUAUCAUUAUUGCAUGCUUCCAGGGGUUGAUGAUGAUACUCAUAUAUUUUAUCCUCCAUUUCAUACAAAUGGUUUGCUCGAAUACAUGAGAAGAUGAUGUAUUAAUUGAUAAAGAUUAUGGGGAUAGAGCUUAGCUACACAUAAUGUAUAUGUCCAGAUUUUUUUAUCUGGAAUUUGUAAGACAUGAAAUAAUGAUAAGUCCUUGAGUUAAUUGUUUGAGACAAGAGAAUUCGUUAAUGAAGGUUAAUGAAGACAAU